AUGUCCCCAAGCACCUUGCCGCAACUGGACGAGCACCGGAUUAUGCAGCCUCCAGCUGAAUCUGCUGAUGGUAACAUUCCAUUCAACAUAUCUCGCCAGCGACGUCGUAGUGAUUCUGAGUAUGUCCGCCAUCGUGACCUAGGCGCUGGUGCGAUUAGGCGUAAUGGUGUUGUCGAACCGGAUAAUGCUCCCUCUCCUGCCGGUAGAAGCUGGUUGAUCUAUGUCGUGGGAACAAACCUUUCGGAAAAUCACCCUGCGUUUGCGACACCAAGUCUCUUCACCGAUAACCCAACAUAUGAAGACAUGAUUCUACUCUCGUCUCUCCUCGGUCCAGUGAAGCCUCCAGUUGCCACCCAAGAGGACCUCACUUCGGCUGGUGGAGUAUACCGUGUUGUGGAAUAUAGUGGCUCUCUUGUUGCGGAAGCUUUGGAUGGUGCUGGCGCCAUUCAAAUUCCCAACGGGGAUCGAUGCUUGAUCUGUCUCGGCGAUUACGAGGCUGCGGAAGAGCUCCGGCAAUUGACCAAAUGCGCGCAUGUAUUCCACCGAGAUUGUAUAGAUCAGUGGUUGACAACUGGUCGCAACUCUUGCCCUCUAUGCAGAGGUCAGGGCGUAGCCGAGACAUCGAAUGCAGAUCGCACUCCAGAGAACACGUCAUCUGCUUGA